CAGAGCUUCCAGAAAAGAUCAUGGCUGAGCCCAGUGACAACUCUCUGAGGAUUGUUCUGGUAGGGAAAACAGAAAGUGGGAAAAGUGCCACAGCAAACACUAUCCUGGGGCAGAAGACAUUUGCUUCUAGAAUUGCACCCCAUGCUGUCACUAAGAACUGUCAGAGAGCAUCCCGCAAGUGGAAGGAGAGAGAGCUCCUGGUUGUGGACACCCCAGGGCUCUUUGACACCAGAGUGAAGCUGGAAACCACCUGCAUUGAAGUCAGCCGGUGUGUCCUCUACUCCUGCCCUGGGCCUCACGCCAUCAUCCUGGUACUGCAGCUGGGUCGCUACACAGAGGAAGAGCAAGAAACUGUCAUUAGGAUCAAGGCUAUCUUUGGGGAGGCGGCCAUGAAGUACAUGGUUGUCUUGUUCACCCGCAAAGACGAGCUGGAGGACCAGACCCUAGGUGACUUCAUAGCAGACUCAGAUACAAACCUAAAAAGCAUCAUCAAGGAGUGUGACGGCCGCUGCCUGGCCAUCAACAACAAAGCAGAGAAGGCCGAGAGGGAUAUGCAGGUGCAGGAGCUGGAGGAGCUGGUAGAAGCUAUGGUGCAGAAAAACGGUGGGGUCUACUUCUCUGACGCCAUAUACAAGGAUGCGGAGCAAAGGCUGAAGAAAGAAGAGGAGAUCCUGAGGAAACUUUACACUCAUCAAAAAGAGAAUGAGAUUAGAAUAGUAGAGGAAGAGAAUGCUCUUGGAAAACUUAGUACUCAGGAAAAAGAGGGCCUAAUACAAGCAACUAAGGAAAGAUAUGACAAAAAGAUAAGACAAGAAGCAGAGGAUAACAUAUUUAGCCAGAUUGUUGAAGGAGUUAAGAAAAUCCUUUUGAAAAUUUGGCACGUGGUGGUGGCACACACCUCUAAUCCCAGCACUUGUGAGGCAAAGGCAAACGGAUCUCUGUGAGUUUGAGGCCAGCCUAGUCUACAGAGCGAG